AAACAAAAAAAAAAAACACUAAAAAAACAUGAAGCCACUCAUUCAUCAUACCUCUCUCUUAGUCAAAACUCUUUGAGUUGCUUUCUCUCUCUUCUGUCAGUUCAUAACUGGCAAACACUGUCACCUCUGCUACAUCAUCAUCCAUCCAUGGAACUUGUUCCAUACUCUGAACCCUCCUCCACCUCCCCGGCAUGGCAGGACAUGUUCCGAUCCGCCUCCUCCCGCCACCCCUCCUCCGCCCCAGCUCCCCACGCGCCGCCCGAGACACCCCACGCGCCCUCUCCCUCCUCACACGCGCCGUCCAAUCCGUCAUCCGGCGGUGACCCAGAUGGAAAAAACACAUUUUCCGGCGAUGCCCAGGUGCGGCUGGCCCUUUACAUAGCCAUGGCCCAUGCGGGUCUCGCAUUCGCCAUUUUUAUUCUCUACACGUUCUCCAAGCUUCUAGAAGAGUAUUUGAGACCUCUGCAAUGGGCCGUGCUGUGUUCUAUUCCCCUCAGGGGCAUUCAGCAGACCCUCGUAGCAUUUUGGUCCGAACCACUCCAAUUGGGUCUCACAGAAACCGUUCUAGCUGUUCCUGUUGCUGUUUUCAGGGUUUUUGUUGGCACACUCGUUGAGAUUCGUGAAGCUUCUUUCAGAGUCGUUUUGAGGACGCCAAAGCCCCAGCAGAACCUCCCCUCUAGGAAGCGUAGUGGGUUCUCGAAGCUGCUUCGUUUGCUUGUGUCUUUCGGGAUUUUCAUCAUUGCUUAUGAGAAGCUUGGAGGGUUUGGGGCUUUGUCACUUCUUAUUCUGGGAUUUUUGUUUAGUUCAAACAAUGUGGAUUCCACUAUGCACACUUUGUCCUCUUUUAGGAGCCUUAGUUUCAGGCGUAGUGCAAUUAGUGCCUUUUUCACCAGAGGGAUACUGAGGAGGUUGAAGAUUAUUGUGGCGGUUGGACUCAUUGUUGGCAUGAUUGUGGGGUUUUUGAGUGGGGUGAUUUUCUUCUCUUACAAGAUUGGUGUUGAAGGGAAAGACGCAGUGAUAUCAUUGAAAUUGCAUGUGGAGGAGAGCAAUUAUGCUGAGAAGAUUGGUGUGAAGAAGUGGAUGGAUGAGAAUGAUGUUGCUGGGAUGGUGGAUAGUUACACUACAAAGGUAUAUGAGACUGUUUCUGAUCAGAUAGAUGGGUUGGCCGUGCAGUACAACAUGACUGAAUUUGUCUCUGGCAUUAAGCAUUUUGUGAUAUCUAAUCAGGGAAACUCCUCAGUGCCAUCCAAAGCCCUUAUGACUCCCUCACCGUACGCUGAGAAGUUCCUGAGCUUGAAAACCAGGGUUAGGAACCGCGAAUGGGGCCAUAUUUAUGCAGAGGUUGAUUCAAUUUUUCGGGAGCUUGUGAUCACCCGUGAGGAUUUGGUUGAAAAGGCAAAAGGGUUUGCCUUCAAAGGAAUUGAUGUGUCUCGGCAAAUUUUCGCUAGUAGUAGAACCGUGCUUGGCAGCAGUUCAAAGUUUAUGUUUUCCAUAGCCAAUUCUAUAAUCUCUGGAGCUGCUGAGGUUAUCAAUUUUGUGUCUCAGUCAAUGGUGUUCAUUUGGGUUUUGUAUUACCUCAUCACAUCAGAGAGUGGUGGAGUGACAGAACAAGUGAUGUACAUGCUUCCCAUUUCAAAUGCUGCUAGGGUCAGAUGUGUUGAGGUUUUGGAUAAAGCUAUUUCAGGAGUGCUUUUGUCCACUGCUGAGAUUGCAUUUUUUCAAGGGUGUCUUACUUGGCUUUUGUUUAGGUUGAACAAAAUACAUUUCUUGUACAUGUCCACCGUGCUUGCAUUCAUAAGUCCUCUCCUUCCAAUAUUUCCAUCUUGGCUUGCAACAAUUCCAGCAGCCUUGCAAUUGGUGUUGGAAGGCAGAUACAUAAUGGCCAUUGUGUUGUCUGUUAUUCACCUUUUUCUCAUGGACUAUGGAGCAUCAGAGAUUCUAUUAGACGUGCCUGGGAAUAGUGCAUACCUCACUGGGCUAAGCAUAAUUGGUGGAAUGACAUUGUUUCCAUCUGCUCUGGAGGGAGCUAUCAUGGGGCCAUUAAUUACUACAGUUAUGAUUGCAGUGAAAGAUUUGUAUGCUGAAUUUGUGUUGCAAGAACCUAAGGACAAUCCCAAGCAGAAAGCCAGCUAGCUAAGCUUCUUCUUCUACCUAUUGUCCAUAAAAUUAUUUAUUUGCAGAUGAAGUUUGGUGUAGCUGCAUGAUCUUCUUUGCCAUUGUUGAUGGAGUUUGCAUUUAGAUUUUUGAGUUGCUCAUAGUCACCCUACACAAUCUCAUUUUUAUCUGUAUCAUUAGGUUAUUAUAAUUGAAAAAAAUAGGAUCAUUUUAUUAGUUCCAGGGGUCAUCAAAUAUUUUCACUUGGUGGCAGUGUUUGUAAAAAUUGUACACAAUUUGUAUUUGUAUCUGUAUCUGUAUUUUAUUCCUGAAACAUUUUUUCUUAUUCUUUGUACCGAAAGAAAUGAAACUCAUGCUGGCUUUUCAGAAAUAUCAGUGGAUUUAAUCAUGAA